AUGGAUUUUAAAACAAAUCACACCGAGAGCUUGAACAGCUGCAUCCCCAACAGCUCCAAGGCUAUUCAAAACUUUUCUCUGUCUGGUGACCCCAGCAGGAUGAGCUAUGGCAGCUUCAUCAUGCCCACCCUGUUUGGUAUUAUCUGCCUGUUGGGCAUUAUUGGUAACAGUCUGGUUAUCUGCACAGUCUUAAAGAAAUCUGGCCCUACCAGUAGUGUCCCAGAUAUCUUCAUCAUCAGCCUCUCCAUGGUGGACCUGCUCUUCCUCCUGGGCAUGCCCUUCCUCAUCCACCAGCUGCUGGGGAACGGAGCCUGGCACUUUGGGGAGACGAUGUGCACAAUCAUCACCGCCCUGGAUGCCAACAGCCAGUUCACCAGCACCUACAUCCUCACUGCUAUGUCCAUCGACCGCUACCUGGCCACCGUCUACCCCUUCACCUCCACUCGCUUCAGGAAGCGCCCUGUGGCAAUCCUCGUCAUCUGUGUGCUCUGGGCCCUUUCCUUCCUCAGCAUUACGCCUGUGUGGAUGUAUGCUCAGCUCAUCCCUUUGCCUGGAGGUCUACUAGGCUGCGGAAUUUGUCUGCCAGACCCCCAGAGGGACAUUUAUUGGUACACUCUCUACCAAUUCUUCCUGGUCUUUGCCAUCCCUUUUGCCCUCAUCACAGUGGCCUACAGGAGGAUCCUGCUCAAGAUGGCCAGGUCCUCAGAAGCACUGAUGAGCCAAAGAUGUACCAGGGCACGAACAAAAAAACUGACCCGUACAGCAAUUGCUAUUUGCGUGGCCUUCUUCAUUUGCUGGGCACCUUUCCACAUCCUGCAACUGGCCCAGCUUGCCAUGACUCGCCCCACCCUGCCUUUCUACUACGCCUACAACGUGGCUAUCAGCCUGGGUUAUGCCAACAGUUGUCUGAACCCCUUCAUCUACAUCUUGCUGGGCCAAAAUUUCCAGAGGCGGUUUGGGGUCCCUGUAAGGCCAGCAGCUGCAGGGCAGGCUUCCCCACAUGGGAGCAAAAGCAUUCAGGGGGAUGCAACUGAGUCAGGGCAGCCACUGCUACAUUUGGUGUCCAUCUCGGGCAGGUAG